UUAGAGAGAUUAUUGCAGAGGACUCUGCUGAACUGAAUGAUACACUCUGGAAAACCAAACAAGUGAUAUAUGACAGAGUCAAAUACACCACUGGAGACUUCUUGAUCCUUGACCUUGUGCAUGCUGAGGAAAUCCCAGUUUUUUUGAAAGUUCUACAUAUUGUUAAGUACCACAGUCAGUGGAAAUUGUGCGGAAGACUCUACCAAACUUGGUGCUUCUCUGAGCAUCUGCAUGCCUAUGGUGUCCGAUCAACAACUCAGUGGGUGGCCAUUACACCUGGGGAGGAAACUGACUUCCAUGCCCUUGACGCAUACACAGAUCAAGAGGACAACCUGUUCAUCACACUGCUUCAUCGCCCUAACAUGAGAUAGAUGGAGCCACUCUUGCUGUUAUCUCAGAGAGGAUGUCUGAGAGGCUCUUUCCGGUCAUUCGCAAACAGAGUCUGUUUCUGACCCAGUUGGAGAAACUUAAAAGCACACCAAUGAGCAGAGAGAACCCUCCAAGAAACAUUGAUAACUCCAGCCAAGCACAGUCCGGUCCAGAUACCUCUUUAGUUUUUCCAACAGUGCUGAGGAUGGCCAUAGACAGAAGAGAUUCUGAUCUGAAGAGUGCAAGUAAAACAAAACUACGGAGUCUACUGAUCCAGUCUCUUUUUGACCACCUCAGUAAGAAAACAAUGUACCCAACUCAUCUUCAAUACAUUGAGCUUCUGUCAAAUGUGAUAAUGGAUUACCCAUAUCUAAGGGAAAGUAUUGGGUCUGGAUAUGAUGCCCUGCUUGAAUCACUCAGAAAUAAGUUUAAGAAGGAAAGGCAGCCUCUUGUUGCCAACAAUGAAAUACAGCGACUGAAAGAGAGAUGGGCAAGAAGGAAGCGACCUCUUCAGACAGCGGAAGCUUAUCCAAGUACCAUGGUUGAUGCAGGAGAAGAUGAAAGAAGCAUCAGGGAACAUCUCCGAGUAAUAAAGGAGGAAACCGAGAAGCUUAGACCAAACUUGGAGCUUCUUAAAGAAAGGAUGGCGCUGAUAAAAAUCUACCGGAGACACUUUGUUCUAACCACAGAUUUAGAUUAUCUCUAA